AUGCGCGAGCAAAACCGUGUCACGGUAGGAAGCAGACUCUGCGAGCUUGUGGAGUGGGUUUCAGAGUUGCAUACGGAGUCGUUCAGUUGUACUUUUCUUUACAUAAAAGGAAAUGGAGGCCUCAAAAUCAGCGUUGGUUCCCUGGAGUUAUCUAGUCAGAGUGAAGUCGUCACAAGAGUUCUUCAGAGACUCUGUGAGAAAAGAAAGAAGAAUGUCCUCGCGUAUGGAUACUCCUUACUGGAUGAAAACAGUUCUCAGAGCCAAAUCAUGCCAUUUUCAAGUAUAUGCAGCUACCUACCCAAUACUGCGACGGAAACUCUUCGAUUCAGCGGCUUCUGGGAAACACUGCUGAGCAGGAUAGGGGACGAUGUGAUGAUGUAUUUAUUGGAACACUGUGCAAUCUUUAUGCUGGUUCCCCCUAGUAAUUGUUACCAAAUAUCUGAAAACAAUACAGGGAAAAAAGAGCUGCCUCGUCAGGUGGCCUUGCCUGGGGAAGCAGAGGCUCACAAACAAGCAGAACAGUCUGGGAAGGAGGCUACCAAGUGUGUGACAAGCAGCAGAUGUGAAUCUGGUCACACUGAUGUGCCAGAUAACUUAGGUGCUCCUCUUGUAAAAUCUGUGCAUGGGGAGUUGCAGAGUGAGAAGCAAAACCUGGGAGAGGUGGGUGAUACAGCCCUCAAGGAGCUCCUCAAGCAGCACAGCGGGCACUGGCAGGUGUACCUGUUUGUGAGGGAGUGCCUGGAGCAGGUCAUCCCCGCUGAGCUUUGGGGUUCAAACCAUAACAAGUGCCGGUUCCUAAAAAAUGUGAAGGCGUUCAUUUCCAUGGGGAAGUUUGCUAAGCUUUCGUUGCAGGAGUUGAUGUGGAAGAUGAGAGUGAAUGACUGCGUGUGGCUUCGUCUAGCCAAAGGUGAUCACUUUGUUCCUGCCGAUGAACAUUGUUUCCGUGAAGAACUUUUGGCCAAAUUCCUAUACUGGCUGAUGAAUACAUAUGUUGUUGAGUUGCUCAGAUCAUUUUUCUAUAUCACUGAGACCAUGUUCCAGAAAAACAUGCUUUUCUACUACCGGAAGUUUAUCUGGAGCAAGUUACAGAACAUUGGAAUUAGAAACCAUUUUGCCAAAGUACAUCUACGAGCUUUAUCUUCAGAGGAGAUUGAAGCUUUCCGUCAAAAAAAACUUGUUCCCGUGGUAUCCAAGCUCCGGUUUAUUCCUAAAGUAAAUGGAUUAAGGCCCAUAGUAAAAGCGAGCGGUAUUGUCAAAGCGGAAGCAUUCAGCAGGGAGAGCAGAGAAAAGAAGAUGCAAUAUUACAACACUCAACUAAAAAAUCUAUUUAGUGUGUUAAAUUAUGAACGAACAAUAAACACCAGCUUUAUUGGCUCUUCAGUGUUUGGGAGAGAUGAUAUCUACAAGACAUGGAAGCAGUUUGUUAAAAAGGUUCUUGAAUAUGAUGGUGGAAUUCCUCAUUUCUACUGUGUAAAGACUGAUGUGUCUAGGGCUUAUGAUACCAUUCCUCACAAAAAACUUGUGGAAGUGAUUUCACGGAUCUUAAACCCUGAGAAACCAACUAUCUACUGCAUCCGGCGCUAUGCUGUGAUUAUGAUUACCACAAGUGGAAAAGCCAGGAAGUUAUAUAGGAGACAUGUUUCUACUUUCAAGGACUUUAUGCCAGACAUGAAGCAGUUUGUGUCCCACCUUCAGGAGAGAGACUCACUGCGAAAUGCAAUAGUAGUUGAACAGAGCUUAACUUUUAAUGAGACAAGUUCCAGCAUGUUUAAUUUUUUUCUUCAAAUGAUGCAAAACAACAUCCUGAAGAUUGGGAACAGGUACUACUUACAGUGCUGUGGAAUUCCACAGGGCUCCAUUCUGUCAACCUUACUUUGCAGCUUAUGCUAUGGAGAUAUGGAAAACAAGUUGCUCUGUGGAGUACAGCAGGAUGGAGUCCUAAUACGUCUCAUUGAUGACUUUUUGCUGCUUACGCCACAUUUGAUGCAGGCAAGAACUUUUCUAAGGAUCCAAAUGGCAGGUCUUGCAGAAAAGCUUAACAUCUGCAAUGCAGUCAGUUGUAUCAUGCUUUCAAUAGUCAGAAAGAUGCGGCUCUGUUGUGAGCCUAAAGGGACUCUAGCAACAGGUAUUCCUGAGUAUGGCUUUUCAAUAAACCCCAAUAAGACAGUCGUGAAUUUUCAUGUUGAUGAUAUCCCAGGAUGUUCCAAAUUUAAACAGCUGCCGGAUUGUCGUUUGAUCCCGUGGUGUGGUUUGUUAUUAGACAUAAAGACACUUGAGGUUUACUGCGAUUACUCCAGUUAUUUCUAUACUUCUAUCAGAUCAAGUCUUUCCUUCAAUUCAAGUACGACAGCUGGGAAGAACAUGAAAUACAAACUGAUUGCAGUCCUCAAACUGAAAUGUCACGGUUUAUUUCUUGAUCGACAGAUCAACAGCCUUAGAACAGUUCUCAUUAACAUCUACAAGAUAUUUUUACUUCAGGCUUACAGGUUCCACGCCUGUGUUCUCCAACUUCCAUUCAACCAGCAAGUUAGAAAAAAUCCUUAUUUCUUCCUAAAGAUCAUCUCUGAGACUGCAUCAUGCUGCUAUGCUAUCCUGAAACUAAAAAAUGCAGGGAUUGUUUUAGGUGGCAAAGGUGCAUCUGGCAUGUUCCCUUCUGAGGCAGCAGAAUGGCUCUGCUACCAUGCCUUCACUGUCAAACUGUCAAAUCACAAAAUUAUUUACAAAUGCCUGCUUAAGCCCUUAAAAAUCUGUCAGAUGAAGCUAUUCAGUAAGAUCCCGAAGGCUACUAUGGUAUUACUGAAGGCAGCGACAGAACCAUCUCUUUAUCAAGAUUUCAAAGCUAUCCUGGACUAA